UGAGAAGUCUCUUGCAUGAAGCCUGGUCAUUGUAUUUCCUUUGCAGAUGCCACGGUACGUGUGACUGUGGAAAGUGCAGAUGUGAUGGAGGAUGGUCUGGGGACGCUUGCCAGUACCCAAAGACCUGUGACCUGACAAAGAAACAGAGCAACCAAAUGUGCAAGAAUUCUCAAGAUAUCAUCUGCUCUAAUGCAGGUACAUGUCACUGUGGCAGGUGUAAGUGUGAUAAUUCAGAUGGAAAUGGACUCGUUUAUGGUAAAUUUUGUGAGUGUGAUGAUAGAGAAUGCAUAGAUGAUGAAACAGAAGAAAUAUGUGGAGGCCACGGAAAGUGUUACUGUGGAAACUGUUACUGCCAGGCUGGUUGGCAUGGAGAUAAAUGCGAAUUCCAGUGUGACAUCACCCCCUGGGAGAGCAAGCGAAGAUGCACAUCUCCAGAUGGCAGAGUCUGCAGUAACAGAGGGAUUUGUGUGUGUGGUGAAUGUUCUUGCCAUGAUGUUGACCCGACUGGAGACUGGGGGGAUAUUCAUGGGGACACCUGUGAGUGUGAUGAAAGGGACUGCAAGGCUGUCUACGACAGAUAUUCUGACGACUUCUGUUCUGGUCAUGGGCAGUGUAACUGUGGAAGAUGUGACUGCAAAGUAGGCUGGUAUGGGAAAAAGUGCGAGCACCCACGUUCCUGCCCGCUGUCAGCUGAGGAGAGCAUCAAGAAAUGCCAGGGAAGCUCUGCUCUGCCUUGCUCUGGAAGGGGUAAGUGUGAGUGUGGCGAAUGCACUUGCUACCCACCGGGAGGCGGCAGGGUAUAUGGCAAGACGUGUGAGUGUGACGAUCGCCGCUGCGAAGACUUGGACGGCGUGGUCUGUGGAGGCCACGGCACGUGUUCCUGCGGUCGCUGCAUUUGUGGGCGAGGAUGGUUCGGGAAGCUCUGCCAGCAUCCGCGGAAAUGUAACCUGACGGAGGAACAGAGCAGGAGUCUGUGCGAAUCGGCAGAUGGCGUACUGUGCUCGGGGAAGGGUUCUUGUCACUGUGGGAAGUGCAUUUGUUCUGCCGAAGAAUGGUAUAUUUCGGGAGAAUUCUGCGACUGUGAUGACAGGGACUGCGACAAACAUGAUGGUCUCAUUUGCACAGGGAAUGGAAUCUGUAGCUGUGGAAACUGUGAAUGCUGGGAUGGAUGGAAUGGAAAUGCAUGUGAAAUCUGGCUCGGCACAGAAUAUCCUUAAUAAACCAUGGCAGAGAACUGGAUUCUUAUUUUUCUAGGCCAUUAGAACAUAUAAAUGCAGAGGGAACCAUAUAUAAUCAUCCCUAGGACAGGUCAAACAGACCAUUGUAUGUUUUUCUAUUUCUGAAUGCCUCAGUGAAAUCUGGGUACCCAUUAAAGAUGAGUUAAGCAAAUUCUGAUGUAAAUAACGCCAGAAAAAUUUUUUUCUACCUUAAUUUACAUCAGUGGUUCUCAACAAGGGCAACUUUACCACCCAGAAGACAUUUGGCAAUGUCUACAGACAAUUUUCAU